AUGUCCGAUGCUUCGGAGGGAAUUGUGACGAGUUAUGAUCCCAGAACCAAACUCCUAGGCGCGCAGAAUAGGCAAGGAGUAACAUGCUACCUCGACUCAACCCUGUUUUCCAUGUUUUCUCGUCUUGAUAGUUUUGAGGCCAUGCUGUACAACACCUUCGAAGACGUCUCUCUCAAUAAGCUGGGAUUUAUGCUACGGCUUUGGGUGAAUUUGCUGAGAUCAGGAAAGCUCAUCACCACAGAUAUCACGAAGGUUAUGCAAGAGACACUGGCUGAGUGUGGAUGGGAAGAAGCCGCAGAAUUGCAUCAGCAGGAUGCUUCCGAAGCCUUCACAUUUAUAACUGGAAAGCUAGAGUUGCCUCUGUUGACUUUGAAAAUGGACAUCUAUCACACGGGGAGAGAAGAUACUGCAGAUGACCACAAGUUCAUCAAUGAGAGACUGCUAGAGGUAGCGAUCCCCCCUGACCUCAUCGGAGAGAGGGAUGAGAUCACAUUGGAGGAGUGUCUUGAAGACUAUUUCAACAAUCGGAUAGAGGUUCGGAGGUACAUGACCCGCCGCUCGACGCUAAAUUCAAUACGAAAAUCCAACGCUAUACACGUGGAGACCGUGGAAUUGGAUGGAGAUUCGUCACCAAUUACCCCGAUAUCCUCCUCACCUCUCCUAGCCUCCCCAAUACGACCAUCAAAUCGACUCCGCACACCUAGCAUCAUACAAGAGCGGUACAUUCCACCUCGAAAUGAGAGCGGCUUCACGUCUUUGACAACUGUAGAGUCCCUAGACUCUACAGGCAGAACACGGGCAGGAAGUGUGCGAAAAGAGGUAAUGAUGCCUGCUUGGCAAUUUUUCAGCCUUAUUCCUUGGUAUACCGAUAACGCCCCCAAGAACGAUGCGCAAGUUGCUGCCCACUUCUCAUCGAAGCGACCAAUUCUCGGCCUUUGCCUCAAGCGAUACUCCAUGUCUCCUGCAGGAAAUGCGAUCCGUCUCAACACCCAGAUCGAUAUUCCCGUCGAGAUUGGAGUGCCUCAUUUUAUUCAGGACGAUCAAUUGGAGGAGGCUGGGGCCUUGCAUGGCAACUUCAAACUUUCCUUGCAGUCAGUCGUCUGCCAUAGGGGCAAUUCAGUGGACUCUGGUCAUUAUAUCGCACUCGUCCGUGGAACAGCCCCCCCAGGGACAGCUGAAAGUAACCAUAGUUUUGACAGCAGCAAGACUUGGAUGCGAUUCGAUGACCUCGCCCCACAUCGUAUCACCGUCGUCGACAUCGAGAAAGCGCUGAAAGAAGAAACUCCCUACCUACUCUUCUACCAGAUUGCCCCCAUUACUGGAGACCCUGGCCGCAUCACGUCCGGAGAAGACACCUUGGAGCCCGUCAUGGACCGCAACCACUCCGUGAGCGAAUUGUCCAUGGCCUCUGCAGCAACGAACACUGUAAAUCAAGGCCAGUCGGCAUCAGGGAGACCGAGCUUUGAAAUUGCUGCUCCUGAUGAUCACAGAGGACGAUCGCCACCAGAAACAAGGAGAGCAAGCGUUAUAUCCUUCUCAGGUCUACCAUCAGGGCAAUCCAAUGAUAGGCUGAGUGUACCGACGAAUGGUGCUGCAGGAUCUUCGCCUGCAUCCAACGCUCAGUCUCUAUCUCGAACGCCGAGCAAAGUCAGCGAUGGGCUUGGACGGAAACUUAGCAAGUUGGCCAGGAGGAGUCGAGAGAUUUUACCUGACACUGUCCCCAAGACCGAGAUCCAUGUGACAGAGAUAGGUGAUGGAACAAAACCUGAAAGACAGAGCACUUAUCAGCCACCCCUUGCGAGCCAAUCUACAGAUUUACAGAAAGGUCAUAAACGAGAAAAGAGCCGGAGCCGGCUGACCAGAAGCAAAGUCAGGACUGGGGAUAAGCCUGAUAGGGAGUGUGUCUUGAUGUGA